AUGUCGCUUCAAAAAGUAGCAGUGGUUACCGGCGCAAAUAAAGGCAUAGGAUACGAGAUAGCGCGAGGUCUUUGCAAGCGCUUCGAAGGAAUCGUCUACCUAACGGCCAGAGACGAACAAAGAGGCCUAAAAGCCGUGAAACAACUGGAAGCAGAAAACUUGAAACCCCGUUUCCAUCAAUUAGACAUCACGCAACAAGCAAGCAUCGAUAAAUUCAAGGAUUACAUAGCCAGAGAGCACGGAGGGUUGGAUUUAUUGGUAAACAACGCAGCGAUCGCUUUCAAAAAUAAUUCCCCAGCGCCUGUUUCCCAACAAGCCAAAGAAACCCUCGAAGUAAACUAUUUCAGCACGUUGAGAUUCUGUGAAGCACUGUUUCCCCUUCUUAGAAACAACGCUAGAGUAGUAAACGUUUCGAGCUCUGCGGGCCACCUCAGCCGGAUACCUUCCGAGGAGAAACGGAAGGAAUUUUCACGACCCGAUUUGACCGUACCCGAGCUGUCCAGGUUAAUGGAAAAAUUCAUCCAGGAUGCGGAAAACGGUUCGUUACAACAAGAAGGCUGGGGUAAUUCCACGUACGUCGUAUCUAAAGUAGGCUUAUCCUCUCUAACCAUCAUCCAACAAAGAUUGUUCGACGAAGAACAGCCUUCUAGAAACGUAUCCGUGAAUUCCGUGCAUCCCGGGUGGGUGAAAACGGACAUGUCCAGUUACAGCGGUAAUAAAACCAGCGAGGAAGGCGCCCAGGCGCCCCUUUGGCUCGCCCUGGACGCCCAAUUGAAAGGGCAAUACGUCUGGGAUGAUUGCAGUGUGGUCGAUUGGUAUGCCCAAAGUACGCCUAACAAGCCUUGA